UGAUUUUUUCAGUCUUGGUAUGGAACUUGUACGUAUAUCCUUAAAGAUCAAAUGUGGUGAAGGGUUUUAAUGUUCUCACGGCACUUUGAAUUAGUCAUAUAACAUGGAAUCAACGUUCAUUGGCGAGUUUCGAACAGACCUCCAUGAAAUAUCCCUGAUAUCCGCGAGGACUGAAAAAUCAUGGAGCGGCCACAAUAAGCUUACUCGAAAAAGCUCAACGGCAUUUCACAAAAAGCCGAGACGACAGGGAUCAGCAUAUUCAACGAAUAGAAAAAGUGAGUGUGAUUCAAGUGGUGUUGAAGUGUCUAAUGAAGAUGUAGAACAUCUGCCGCCGUUGCUGUUCGAAACUUCCGACAUGAGAGAAGCUGCGUUAAGUGCAAAAUUGAAACAAUGUUUCAGAGUGUGUAACUUCAACGAGGUGAAUAAGGAUACCAAAAGCAAAGAAGUGAAACGAGUUGCUCUGAAUGAUAUUUGUGACUUUCUCAGUUGGCAUUUUGACAGUCUAGACCAUUCGGAAAUAUACGAGGAUUUAUUUCAGUUUUUUGCUGUUAAUUUGUUCCGUGAUUUGCCACCGGUGAAAGAAGUUUGCCCACUAGAGUUGAUUCUAGUUGAGGUUGAAGAGGAUGACCCGAUAAAAGAUGUGGCGUGGCCUCAUUUACAGCUAGUCUAUGCCAUAUUCCUCACUGUUAUUCAAAGUCCAAAAUUCGAUCCAGAACUGGCCAGCGAGUACCUAAACGAAGAGUUCGUUUUCAAAUUACUGCAGUUAUUUGAGUCGUACGACAGUCGAGAACGCGAACUGUUGCAGUCUGUGAUUUAUAACAUAUACCUGAAGAUGAUCUAUCUCAGAGCAUGUAUAAGAAAACAGAUUGCUCAUGUAUUUCUGAUGUUUGUAGAGGGAAACAGAUCGCCCAAUGGUGUUGCAGAAUUAUUGGAUAUGAUGAGUAGUGUGAUCUGUGGCUUCGCAGUUCCAAUCAAGCAGGAACACCAGCAAUUUUUACAUCACGUGCUGAUUCCUCUGCACAGACCACGGAGUCUGCCACUCUACCACGAGAGUCUCACCCUCUGCAUGACUCAGUUCCUGGAGAGAGACGAAUCGCUGGUAGACGAAAUGAUGAACAGACUUUUGCCUCUGUGGCCCAGAAUUCAAACCGCCAAGAGUAUCAAAUUCAUCAAUGAAGUGGAGAGUAUUUUGGAGAAGGUACACAAUUAUGACAAGGAAAACCAAGCCUGGCUGUGUCUUCUGGCGAGGAAAGUGGCCUCAUGUAUCCAGAGCGAUCAUUCCCUGGUGGCUGAGCGGGCUCUCACAUUUGCCAAUGGACAACUGUUCUUCGAUUUCCUAAAACCUCACGCGCUCAGAAUCAUUCCUCUUCUAUUUCCCGCACUGUACCAUACAUCUCGAACCCAUUGGAGUGCGACAGUGACAUCUCUAGCGUUCAAACUAUUGACCCACUUGAUGAGUCUAAACUCUGAGCUGUUCGACUACCUUGUAGACAUCCAGAGCGGCAACGAACUAAAACUUACAGAACAGAAUCACGCAGAGUUCAUUUUGGAUCAGCAUAUCCAUUCCAUCUACUGAAAGAUUUGAGCACAAUAAUCACAUCUUAAAUAAUACACAGAUGGAAAAUACUGAUAAACACUUCGGAAUUAGUUCAACUUAGUCAUUAGCUUUCUUCAACUUGCAGUUAUUGAUCUAUUUUAACAGACUUGUACAAAUUAAUGCACAGGAAUGUAAAUUGGUAAAUAUUAAAAAAUGUAAAAUUGUAAAUAGUUUUACGCUACUUGAAGUUGUUCAAUUAUGACUGCUCUCACCAUUUAAACAAUGAACAGCAUUCUUCUGGAAAAAUAUACUUCU